AGGACAGCGCAGGUGGAGCCCGGACGCUCCGAGCUGCCGCAGGGCGGGACGCGGGAGCGCGCGGGGCUGGAGCGGCGCGGAGCCGGGCGGGAAACUCCCCUCAGGGGCGCGGCGCCCCCAGCCCGCCGCGGAGGCGUCGGUGCGGCCCCAGCGCCCGGCUCCCCGCGGGGGCUGCAGGCGGCUUCCUCCCCCGGCCGGGCGCCUAACGCGGUACCUCAGCCCCAGCCCGCGGUACCUCACCGGAGAGCUGCCCGCGCCGCAGCGCCCCUCGCCGGAGCACAGGGUCAAAGUCUCUCACUGAGGAACAUCAAGAGCUGGGAAAGCCGCCCAUGAUGGAUCGCCUCCUUCUGGCUCUGCUUUUCCUGUUGCAAAGGGUCGACGGAAGCAGCCGCCAUGCAGAAGACUUCCGAUUUUGUGGCGAAAGAAGCCAAACAAAGAAAAGCCAUAUCACUUAUCAGAUGCGGCCAGAGAACAACAUCAUCACCAUCGAGAACAGUGCUGAGAUGCUGAAGAUAAGUGCGCCAUUCCCACCAUGCCUUGAAAACUACCCUUUACUGGACAACUUGGGGAACUACGGCUUCUGCCUCUACUGGUACCAAAGCGAUGGGAUUUUCAACCUUACGUACGGCAGAAACAGCUACACGCUGAGUACCGAGGCGCACCCUUCCUUCGACUUUUCGAACCCCACUGCACCGCAGAAUAGAAGUGGGGUUCCUGUGCUUUCCAACGUGUCCUACGCCUACGGCAGAGGCCUGCGGAACACCUCCCUCAGCAGCGCUGCUGUUUACUCCUUCUCCAUCCGUGACAUCAGCAAGGUGCAUGAGAUUAAAGAAGAAUUAAGGAAUUUAGAAAACUACAUGAAGAAUCCCAAUAAACCCACUGGAAGAAUGACCAGUGCCAACGCACCAUAUAAGAAACUUCUGCGCUUGGAAUCGAACCUGGGACAGGUGGUGUUUGAAGGGGAGAGCGAGACUUUUGGGACAAGUACAGUGCGUGCGACUGUUUUGAAGAUAGGACCCAGCAACGCCUUUCAGGAUCUUCCCUUCAUGUCUGAAUUGGAGGUGGGCAGAGAGGUCCAUGGGUUUGCGGUGAAUCUGCCGAGGAUCCUCUUUGCACAGGCGAAGGGCAGGCGGGGGAACGCUGAGAGGAGAGUGCUCCUGAUGGAUAUCAACAGCCAGGCCCUUUUCCAGGACCAGAACGGCAGCAGGGUGCUCGGUGAAAAGGUGAUUGGCAUCACCGUGGGGAACACCACUGUAUCAGGCCUUCCACAGGACGUGGUCCUCAAAUUCUUUCAUGACCAGCUACCGAGGAACGUGACUCCACGGUGCGUGUUCUGGGACGUGGACUCCAGCCAUGGCUACGGCAGCUGGAAAAGUGACGGCUGUGAAACAGAGAUGGGUAAUAACCAGACAGUUUGCCGUUGCAACCACCUCACCUGUUUUGCUGUGCUGAUGAUGUCGUCUCCAGAGAUAGAUUACAUCCACAAGGAGUACCUGAUGAUUAUCGCCUACAUUGGCUGCAUUAUCUCAGCUGUGGCUUCCCUCUUCACCAUCUUCUGCUGCUGCUGCUGCUCCAGGAGGAAGCACAGAGACGGCACCGUAAACAUCUACAUUCACAUGAACCUGCUGGCGGCCAUCUUCCUGCUGGACGUGAGCUUCCUCCUUACUGAGCACUUGGCCUCCCUCGGCAGCGAGGCAGCCUGCAAAGCCGGCGGCAUGUUCCUGCACCUCUCUCUGCUGGGCUGCCUGACCUGGAUGGGCAUUGAGGGCUACCAUCUGUACAGGCUGGUGGUGGAGGUCUUCAAAACCUACGUGGAGCACUUCAUGCUCAAGCUGUGCCUGGUGGGCUGGGGGCUUCCCAUCUUUAUUGUGGGUGUGAUCUUCCUGGCGAAUCAGGCAAAUUAUGGACUAUUCCACAUAGAAGUAUUUGAAUCCCUUGAGAAAUCCACCAAUGCAACCAUAUGUUGGAUCACAGCCCCGCUGAUCCAUAACAUUGCGAACCUGGGCUUCUUCAGCCUGGUGUUCCUCUUCAACGUGGCCAUGCUAGGAGCCAUGGUGCGGGAGAUCCUCAGGCAGAGAAACAGAGGACACAACCUUAAGCACGCCCUGGUGCUCCUGGGGCUGAGCCUCAUGCUGGGCGUCCCCUGGGCACUUGCGUUCUGCUCCUUUUCCUUGGGAUCAUUCCAGCUCGUCAUCAUCUACCUCUUCACCAUCAUCAACACUUUGCAAGGCUUCCUCAUCUUCCUCUGGUACUGGAAAAUGGUGCUGCAGGUCAGAAAGUCGAAGUCCUACCCCUCACUGAACAACUCAAACAGCACCAGGUUGCCAGUCAGCACCAGCCGCACGAAUGCAGACUGAAUCACCUGCUUUCUCUGGUCACAGCUGGGACUGUCUCUUCCCCGUGAGUCAAGAACCAGGGAUCGUGCUCCCAGAGGGGAGGUGGGGGCAUAAUAUUUGUCUGAUGCUCCUGCCUGGCUACACACAGCCAUGUGUAAUCGCAAGGAAUGUAGAGAAAUUCACACCACCACCACUCCACCC